UGUGACAGAUUUUCGAUUAGUGUUCUUUCUUGGUUAAUGUCAAUGGGUGGAUUUGACUCAAGCUCUUUCUUGUAAAAUGUCAUUCGGUGUUACUUGCAUAUACUAUAGUUCCAUGGGAUGGUUAUGGUCAUGAAGAUUGAUACGAACAGAUUCAUGGAGAACAUCUCGGCAACGCAGCUUCUUCUCCUUUCCGGUCUACUUUUCCUGCUGCCUUGCUCUGCUUAUGCUUCCUGUGACGAGCUCGACCGCGACACUCUCUUGUCCUUGUCCUUCAAGGCACCGUUGAAUUGGUCUGCUUCGACUGACUGCUGCCUUUGGGAUGGAAUCACCUGCGACCCACUUGACCACCGCCGCGUCAUCCGGCUGUGGUUGCCGAAAAGAGGAUUAUCCGGCUUCGUCUCUUCGGCCAUUACCAACCUCACCCGUCUCACCCACCUCAAUCUUUCCCACAAUUCCUUGUUGGGUUCUCUCCCAGAUGACUUGCUUUCUUCCCUCCCAAGUCUUCAGGUAAUUGACUUGAGCUUCAAUCGUCUCAACGGCCGCUUUCCACCAUCUUCGAAUGGAAGCAGCCACCUUCAGAUUAUAAACUUGUCCAGCAACUUCUUCAAUGGAACAAUCCCGUCUUCGGUCCUUGUCCCAUCAAUAUCAAUUUUCAAUGUCAGCAACAACAGCUUUUCCGGGUCAAUACCGAUGAGCAACGGCAGCAAUCACGCUUCCCUUACAUUCUUCGACUUGUCCUUCAAUGAUUUCACUGACACGAUCCCCCCUGGAAUCGGAUCAUGCUCCAAGCUCCAAGUUUUCCGUGCAGGCUUCAACGGCCUCUCUGGUUCUCUCCCUAAUGAGAUUCUCAAUCUUGCUGAUCUCCAACAGCUUUCACUUCCUGUCAAUAGCCUCUCUGGACACAUCGGUGAUGGCAUUGUGAAGCUCACCAAUCUCAAGAUCAUAGAGCUCUACUCAAACCUAUUCUCCGGGAAAAUCCCCAGCCAUAUUGGUAACCUUUCAAUGUUGGAAAAGCUGCUCCUCCACAUCAACAACUUCACAGGUCCUGUGCCUUCAUCUCUCACCAACUGCACAAAUCUAUCGACCUUGAAUUUGCGGAUCAACAACUUGACUGGAGAGCUCUCUGCCUUCAAUUUUUCGACUCUCCAACAUCUCGCCACUCUGGACCUUGGCAACAACAACUUCAAUGGUGAGUUACCUCAAAGCCUCUACUCAUGCAAGUCCCUAACAGCUAUUAGAUUUGCCAGCAAUCAGCUCACGGGCGAGAUAUCACCUGAAAUAGUCGCAUUAGAAUCAUUGUCUUACCUGUCCAUCUCUACCAACAACCUGACAAAUGUCGCGGGGGCUUUUAGGAUUCUGAAGGUUUGCAAGAAUCUGACUACUCUGGUCUUGUCCAAGAAUUUUUUGAAUGAGCCUUUGCCAGAUGAUAAAAGCCUUGGAGACCCUGUUGGAUUCCAAAGUCUUAAGGUUUUUGCUAUUGCGGGUUGCCAAUUAACAGGCCAAGUGCCCACCAUGCUAGCCAAGGUUAUCACUCUUGAAGUCUUGGACUUGUCGUUUAAUCUUAUAACUGGUUCUAUCCCCGGUUGGAUGGGUAGUUUGCCCAACCUUUUCUACGUAGAUUUGUCUAAUAACCUUCUUGGAGGGGGAUUUCCUAUUGCGUUCUGUGGGAUGCCAGUUUUGAUAACCAAAGAGGCCGGUGAUAUGGUGGACAGAAGUUAUCUAGAGUUGCCAGUCUUUGUGAUGCCCAACAGCGCUACUAAUCAGCAGUACAAUCAGCUGUCCAAUCUCCCCCCAGCUAUAUAUUUGGGUAACAACAGCCUUACUGGCAGUAUCCCUUCUGAAAUUGGUCGAUUGAAGUAUAUUCAUGUGUUGGACCUUAGUUAUAACAACUUCACUGGCAACAUCCCGGAACAGAUUUCUAACCUCACCAACUUAGAGAAAUUGGACCUCUCCUUUAACCAUCUAUCCGGUGGAAUCCCUGCUUCUCUUGGACGUCUACAUUUUUUGUCUUCCUUCAGUGUGGCAUACAAUGGUCUUCAGGGACUUGUACCAUCUGGAGGUCAGUUUGAUACUUUUACCAACUCUAGCUUUGAAGGGAAUCCAGGACUAUGCGGCUUUCCAACAGGGAAGCUCUCUUUCCCUGAGAGUCCUCUGCCAGUAGUUUCAACUGCUCAGAAAUCUAACACACAGGGAAUUUUUAAAGCACUCCUCUUUGGGAUCUCUUUUGGCAUUUUUUUUGGAAUUGGUUUUGGUCUUGGUCUAAACAUUGAUGAUAAAAGGAUUCCAUUCAUUGCAAAGCGUAUGAUGAAAACUUGACGCAUACGUAGGUGUUGUGUUGAUGUGGGAACAAUUUGAUGCAUGUAUGGACGAAUUUCAUCAUAUAUUUUAUGUAAUGUAGGGCUUUAUGUAGCAGUAAUGAAUAAAUCUUUCGGUAAAUGCCAUUUCCUUUCCUUACAAUGUCCAAGCCAAGGAUUUCCCCGAAAGAGAGAAUGCACUAGGGUACUGCAGGGCAAGUCACCGAAUCCAAUGCAAUGAUCACCGUCUUUUGAAACAUUGGCAAGUCUGUAACACUGAAUUGAAUAGCAACCGGCAUCCUUUCCUUCUUGCUCUGUGCGUGGAUAUCUUCUACCAA